AUGGAUCUUGCCAACAAAAGUUUCGAAGUUCGUGAAGAACUGAAGAAGGCUUAUAUUCGAAAUAGAUUUCCUAUAAAUGGAAAGCAAACACAUGAUAAUUUUCAAAAACAACAGGAGUAUUCAAAUGAAUGUCAAAAAUAUCUUAUCGGCGAACCGAGUGGCAACGAAGAAGAUUUACCGCAAGGCAAUAACACAGAAAUCAUCGGACAAAGAGAAGAAAGUAAAUGGGCUGUAGGCUUUUUUGCACAAAUAUCAGUUCUUUUUCGACGUAAUUGGGUACUGACAAGCAAGGCUCAAUUCGAUGUACUGAAUUGUACUCAAGGAUUAUGCUUAUCCAUUAUGUUUGGUCUUUUCUGGUUACGUCUAACUUACAGUGAAGAAACACUAAGAGAUCGAGCAUCAUUCAUUUAUUUUAUGCUAAUAUUUUGGCCGUUUGAAUUAUGUUUCGUGAGUGUAUUGUCAUUUCUAGUGGAACGCCCUAUCAUAGACAAAGAACGAGCAAGCGGAUCAUUUCGUUUAUCAAGUUAUUAUCUUGCUAAAUGUCUAUCUGAAACUCCGCUUAAACUUGUUUUACCGAUUAUUUCUUUUAUUAUAGCAUAUUGGAUGGCAAAUAUGAAUCGGAAUUUCAGUAUUUUUCUUGGUAUUAUUGUUUCUUUAGUAAUGGUCGUCCUUGUAGCUGAGUCCAUUGGUCUUUUCUUAAGUGCAUCACUACAAGAUUUACGACGAGCUUGGGUCGCUGUUAAUAUAAUUCUACUUAUUUUACUAUUAGCUGGUGGAUAUUAUAUUGAAAAUAUACCCGUUUGGUUAAAAUGGACUAAAUGGUUAUCAUAUUUCAAAUAUGGCUAUGAUGCUUGUCUUCAACUGCAAUUUACAGGGGAACAUUUGUAUAAAUGUGAUAAUGGAGCAUAUAUUAAUGUGUGUAGAAAUAAUCCUAAUGGAACAUUUACCGGUGAUGAUGCGUUAAAAUAUUUCAAACCUGACCUUAGUGCUGGUCUGAAUAUUCUUGUUCUAAUCGGGAUGUUUAUUACGUUGAGACUUUUAACAUAUAUUUCAUUACGCUUCAUAAAAGAUCGUGUUGGCCGCACUUGA